GAACGAGUCCGUCGAAAGCAAAGUGUGUCGAGGUCUUUUCACGGACAGUCAUCGCACGACCGAGCUCCGGCUCCGAAGCACCCACGGUCCUCGGUCCUCGGUCUUAGAAUUUCGGCCGUCUUCAUUCCUCGUUCGCGUUUCUUUCAUCUGCUCCUUUUUUUUCUCCGUGCUGCCGGACACGAGGCUUCGCCACCUACUCGCUUCGAUCUCCGUGUUUUCAGGCACCUAUCGACAUCCUUCGUCACCCCGCUCUCGAUCAUCUCUCUGUCUUCUCCGUCCUUCCCCCCUCCCUUUUCAUCUAUUUGGUUUUUCCUGUCUCUCCGCGUCUCUCUCGCUCUCUCUUUUGCUUGCUCACUCACUCUCGCUUACUCUUCACGCUUUACUCUUUCUCUCUGGCUGAUUGUCGGGAGGACGAUAGACGAUGAACAAUUCGCCGGUACCGACGCGGCCGCGACAACUCUAUCGAAAUAGUUUGAGGCCGCACGUCUCCUCGCAGGUAUCGGUAGUGGUAGCGGCUAACCGUCUGGAAUGUCUGUGAAUGGGAAUCGUUGACGUUCGACACUGCUCCAGGAUGUUGCCGUCCGUCGUUCUUUUCGAGCUCUGCACGAUAUGGAUUUUGCUAACGAGCUCCUGGUGUUCUAGCGACGAUGUAGCGCGAUACAGUUAUCCAGCGAGAUACGGGAUACCGAGUUCGCCGAUGUUCGCGGGACCGAUGGCGGGACCGGUCGCCGGGCCGUGGCGGCGAACGGCCCUCGACGAUCCGCGAAGACCAGGAGCUUUCCGGAGGGACACGAGAAACCACGGGAAGCUGGUUCGAGUGAAGCUUGCGAGACGCGAGGAGCCCGACCCGUUGAUCGCCAUCAGCGAGACUUUGGGCGCCUUGAACACGGUCGGCAGCUACAUCGUCAACAUGACCAGAGGCGUGGAGAACUCGAAUUAUCCGCCGAAGGAGCUACCCUCGGCCAUAUACACCAUCUCGAAGAACAUUCUCGGUCGCAACGUAACGGACAGCAUAGCGCCAUUGGUACGCGGAGUGGCCCUGCCGUUGCGGAACCCGCCUGUUUCUUCGGACUCUUCAGCAUCGGCCUCCUCCUCUUCUAUAGCUCCUUUGACUUCGUCGUCUCCUUUGUCGUCCCCGCCCGUGUCUCCGCCGGCGUCCGCAUUCUCGUCCAAGGUCUCGACGGACGAUGUUGCCAGCAACAGAGAGAAGGACUCGUUGCCGGUAUCGGUGUCGUCGUCGGGCUGCACGUCCGCCGACGGCACCCCAGGGAAUUGCCAGGAUCUGAGCAACUGUCCUCAGCUUUUGCUGGAUUUAAACAAGCUCAGACAGUCUCUCUGCUUCAAAAGCUUGUUCGUCCCUGGCGUAUGCUGUCCUCUCACCGACAAACCCGAGAUCGCUGGCGAAUCGAUCGGUGUGAUUCCGGCGAGCGGAAUCGUCGGCGCGCACACCCAACGUCCGCCGUUACGACCGACGAAGCUGCAAACACCUCGGCCUAUUCCGCUGUUCCCUGUCCCGUCGACGACCACGUUGGCGACCGUCGCAGGCCCACACCUUGGUCACCCGGACGGCCAGAAUCUGUCGACGACCGAAUCGAACGCGGUGUCCGUCGCCGAGCCGAGCGUGUCGAACCUCGACAACAACUUUAUACAAGACGACGAGGAGUGCGGCGUGAGAAAUUCAGGGAAGUAUCGAGUUGUCGGCGGCGAGGAAGCCUUGCCCGGACGUUGGCCGUGGAUGGCAGCGAUCUUUUUACACGGCGCGAAACGUACCGAAUUCUGGUGCGGGGGCUCGCUAAUUGGACCGAGGCACAUCCUCACAGCUGCCCAUUGCAUGCGCGAUCAACGUCAACGACCGUUCGCGGCGAGGCAAUUCACCGUGAGGCUCGGAGACAUAGAUCUCGAGAGGGACGACGAACCGUCCGCCCCGGAAACCUACACGGUCAAGCAAAUAAACGCGCAUCCGAAGUUCUCCAGGGUCGGGUUCUACAACGACAUCGCGGUCCUCGAGCUGUCCAAACCCGUACGAAAGUCGCCGUACGUGAUACCGAUCUGCCUGCCGCAAUCGCGUUAUCGGAACGAACGAUUCACUGGCGCGAGGCCCACCGUGGUCGGAUGGGGCACCACUUAUUACGGCGGCAAAGAGAGCACCGUGCAGAGACAAGCGGUUCUUCCAGUCUGGAGGAACGAGGAUUGCAACUCGGCUUAUUUUCAACCGAUUACCAGCAACUUUUUGUGCGCCGGAUACAGGCAGGGUGGCAAAGACGCCUGCCAAGGGGAUUCCGGGGGUCCGUUGAUGCUCAGAGCCGACGGUCGUUGGAUUCAAAUCGGUAUCGUCUCUUUCGGCAACAAGUGCGGGGAACCCGGUUAUCCUGGCGUUUACACGCGCGUCACCGAGUACACCGACUGGAUCAAAAACAAUCUCUGAUCGAUCGGGAUCGCGAUCACGGAUGAGAACGAAACGAUACGAUAAGGUUGUCGUACUGUGCUAUGCUGUGUCGUGCUGCGCUAUGCCACGCUAUGCGCUAUUAACAAAGAAAUCGCGUGUUCCUACAACUUUUAUCACGGGCGCGUGCCAAGAAUUAUCAUUAAACAGUAACUAGAACUGGUUGCUAUAAUAUUAUCGUUGUUGUCGUCGUUGUUGUUAAUCUUAUUGUUACCAUUACGUCGUUCUUAUUAUUAACGACGUUAUUUUUACUUACUUUUGUAUUACAUCGUGUAUCAUAAUAUCGUGCAUCGGUAUUACUUUGACUCGUGCGAAACCAUCGCAUCGGAAUAUCAAAGAAUCUCGUCCCGAUAAAUUCCAAAUAAACGCAAGUGCCUAUCAAGAAGUAAGCUGUAAAUAAAAUCACGAUUUCUCGUUGCGCGCGUCCAUUGUUCUAUAAACGCGUCACGCGAUUCCAUUCGAAAUUUCUGCGUUUGUCUGUCCGCGACAACCCGUGCGCGUCUUUUCACAUCUUUCCGCAUCUCUUUUAACUGAUCGAUCAAAUCUAAAGUAAUGGGGCCGUCGAACAUGAAAAGCAAAAGCGUUUCGGUUCAAAAUUUAGAGAGUCUCGUGAAGCAAGUGGUGAACGAAGCGCUGGAGGAUAACGGUUAGUUGCAGCGAAACGGAAACUAAUAUGCAUCGAGAAUGUGCUCAGAAUGUGUUCGCCUUUUCAUUCAGAACAAGUGAUCAAGUUUCGUCGAAUGAUCUACGAGGAAUGGUAUUUCAAGAAACGGUCCGAACAAACGGACACGAAUCGCGAGGGAGACGAGGUAAUUCGGGCAAUCGAGGGAUUUUUUUUUAGGAAAUUUGAUCGUUUCCUCUGUUACUUUCCCUUUCUUUCCAGGAUAUAUCGGGAACCGUUGUUCAUCGUAGAUCGAAUCGGAAGAAAUACAAGCGUGCAACAGUUCUAUCUUCCGCAAAAUUAUUGCAAGAGGCCGAUCCACCGAACGAAUGCGAAGAAUUGCAUGAGAACGUUUCGUUUUCCAAAGUAUACAAUAAUGCAGAAAUGUAGGAAUGUAGAUCGCCGCGUUCGAAUAUUCACAGAUCUCGAUAUGCUUUUAGCGAGUUGACCAAAAGGACGUCGUCUCGACCGACGAAAACGUGAUCGAGAUUUGGCGUAAACCAUUGAAGCGACCGCAAACGAAAAACGAUUCGAGAAACCCCGUAAAGAACACGGAAGAAAUUCGAAACCCGAACAGAUUAUCCUUCGAAGAUUGGACCACUAAGAAGACUUUGGCGUAUCGAGACAUUCUGAAACGGAAGCAAUGCGAGCAACGACUUCGUCGGGUAUCGGUUUCUCGGGCAAACGCGGAACGUGGCCGAAAACAAAUGCUGUUAUCGCGACAGGUGUGCACCUCGUACGAUUCGCUCAACUUUGAUAUAUUCUAUCCGUCGAAUGUAACGUCUAAUCGACUUCGCUUGAUAAGAUGCAAAAUCGCAAGAGACAGCGGCGAAAACAAGCGACAGAAUCUCACUUGAGUUACACGAAAAAAGAGGAAGAUGCAAAAUUCGAUGCAGGGGAAACGCGAACGCAGAAAGCGCGGUAACGUAAUUGGUUCUACAAUGCAUUUCCGUGAAAAACUUUUCACUGUACCGGAAAACGUGUUUCGAAUUUGUUAGCAAAGGGAUGCGAACGAGCAUUCCACGGAAAAUAAGACCAGCUUCGAUGAAAAUUAUGGAGGCAUUUGUCGUCAGUAAGUGGUUGAACCAAUUGAAUUCGAUUCUGUACCAGAGGAGUCUAGGAGAACGUCGACACCUCGCGCAAACCUUUUACUGCUAGAUACAACGGAUGUUACUUUUUCAUUAUAAACAAACGAAAUCUUUCGAUCAUUGACAAGAUAAGUAUUAAGAAAAAAAAAUCUGCGUCUUGUCAUUUUCUUUAUUAUCGAAAUGAAAAGUUCACUAUUCCCUACAUUAACCGGCAAUCAAAUGCCUGUCGUGCAAAUCCCUUAUACGCUCGCUGCAUUUUGAACACUUGUAAUCUUUAGCUUCUACUAGAUUUUUAGAAGAACGUUUUUACAUUUCACAUUUUACAUUAUACACUUUACAUUAUACAGCAUGCGUAUGUCUAUACUUUUCCCCUAUCGUUCUCUUUUAAAUUGUUUAUCGCCUUCUGAAUUAGAACCCGCAAAUUUUUUGGAAGGCUCAUCUGUAUGGAAUGCAAUUGAUGCAUGAUUUGACUUUCCGAAGAUGAUACGUUGGCUUGAGCACUACCGCUCUUGUCCGAAGGCUCGAUAUCGCAAAACUCCUUGACAUUUUCUACGUGAUAUCUGGUCGUCUCCACAAACUCCGCCAUGUCUUUGUCGCCUAUGGAAAACAGGAAUGAAAUCGAUUAAAUUAUUCAACUAUUCGGCACGGCAAGUCGCUUGAUUCACUCACAUCUCGCGUCCACGUUCGCGCCCGUAUAUCCUUCUAACAAUUUCGUUGACGGCGAUUCCACCGUACUAUCCAAUUCGCAUAUUCUCAAGGCCAAUAUUCUGUAAUUAUCGUACGCAUUAUCAUCUCAGCAAUUACCCGCAGUUCGUUUCAUUUUCAAAUGCGCUACUGACUUGUUUGCUUUCUUUUGAUGCGCCAAAGCUAAAGUUUUAUCGUUUAGCGCUUCGAGCAGAGCCACACAUAGACAUCGUAAAUCCGACAUCGCUGCUGCAGAUUUCUGAGCUGGUACGUGAGAGUCGUGAUGCAGCAAUUGUUCCACUAAAAGUACAUACUUCAGAAAGAUAUGCAUUCCUGGAAGAUUAUCGCUGAACGCGCUGUAACAACAACUGACCUUGCUUGUGGGUCAUAAUCGUACCGGCAGUUGUAUUAGCUCCCAAUUUCACGGAUCCUUUUAUCCGUUUACUAUCCAGCAUACUCUGAAAAUGUGAUUAUUUUAUCACAGAUCACGACAGAACGUUUUCAAUCGUUGACAGCAAUUUCAAUAACCGUAUAAAUGUGCAUCUUUACUUUGUAUUUAGAAAGCGAUUGCCUCGUCAGUUCGUUCUCCUCUAGUAACUGUUGUAAUCUUUCUUGUAAAUAUCUAAAAAGUUUUAAUUUUCGAUAAAUUUUCGCUAAACUAUUCCGCAAAUUAAUCGAUCCACAUCUUACCUAUUCUCAUUGAUGAGAGCAUCUACGUCCACCGGCUUGGACGCGUUUAAUGCUUUCGAUAGUUCGUGAUUCAGCCUAUGUGCUUUACAUUUAAACGCGUCCCUUUCCAUUUCUAGUUCGUGUUUCUCAUCUAAAACUAUUUGUAAAUCUGUUUGCAACUGAGUACACUGAAAAACAAAUGUACCAGAUGUUCUUGAAAUCUAUAAUCACCAGAUAGCAUUAUGUCAUCUUAGGUUUGUGAGGACUAACUUUAACAUUUAAUCUCUCCAACUGUUCUAUCAUUUCUUCUCUUUGAUGAACAGCAGUUGCGCAUUGCGUGUCUUGCGGUUUAACAUCUGCUCCGUUCUCUCCUAAUUUUUGUCUUAAAGUCAAUACUUGCAGUCUAAGGCAUUUAUUUUGUUCUCUAGCUUCCAUCAAUAAAUCCAAAGUCUUAAA